AAAAAGGUCACUUCAACACGUGGUUGGAUAUAACGCGAAACCAUACCGGGAAGCCCUAAAAAUGCCCUCUAAACGAAAGUAACUCUCACAACCGGUAAAUAGCCUGUGGGAAAUUCAUAUUCAUUUCACUAUCAGUAGCCCAUUUCUGCUUCACUAUAUAAGCGGUGUCUGAUUACAAACAGAUCAUACCAACCAUUCGACAUGUUGCGUCUACUGAUCUUCAUUUUAAGCCUCAUAAACAGAGCUUUUUCAGAUAUUGUAGCACAAGGAGACACAGCUGUUGAGUUCGGUCAAGAUGCUUCUUUCUCUUGUGCGCUGUCAGAUGCGUCUGGUGUCAAACAAGUCACCUGGCAGCGGGUGCGUGACACGGAACCGGUACAAACUCUGGCUACAUACAGCGACCUCUUCAAGGUUCACAUGGAUGAUCAGUAUGUCGGAAAAGUCAAUUUCACAGCAUCGUCAGUUGAUUCAACGUCCAUUGAGAUCAAAAACACGACAUUUGAAGACGAGGCUUGCUACAUUUGUUCCUUCAAAGUGUAUCCACUCCAACCUAAACGACAAACCUUGUGCCUCACUGUUAAAGGUAUAUCAGAAAUAACAGCAUCAGUGAAUCCUGCACCUAGUUCUGAUCCAGAUGUUGUAGUCUCAUGUUCAGCCACUGGUAAACCGGCUCCAACUAUCCUCUGGAAAUCUGCAGAGAAAGAGUUGAACAACUUUAGGUCAAGUAAUUUCACAACUCUCAACAAAGACAGUUCAACCACCAUUACGAGCAACCUCACGCUUCCACUGUCACAGUUUCAUGGGAAGUAUGUGGAAUGUGUGGCUCAGAGUGACGGCAUAGAGAAGAGCGUCCAAAUCUUUGUGCCUGAUGAAGAUAAUAAAGUGAACAACGGUCCAAGAAGUUACAUUGUUACAAUUUCAGUCCUCAUUAUCAUGACUGUUGUGGGUCUUGUCAUUAUUGCCAUCUGUCUUCACACCAGACUAAAGAGAACUAUUAUUGGUAUAAAAUCUACUUCUGAGGAACCCCUUAAUGCCCCAAACGAGGAAUGUUAACUUUGCUGCUA